CAAGAAUCCCAUCUUUUGAAGAAACCACACGACCCCACCACCCAUAUCUCUUUAACACAAAGGAAACUAGGAAUCCUUUUCAAUCUCCACCUUUUGCUUUAUUUUUCUUGCUUUUUUAUUAUUUUUUUUAUGAAUGGGAUUCUUGGUUGUUGAGCUAUAAUCCAGCUGCCUUGUAUUGACUUGCCUUAGAUCAUGGGGUGCUCGUUGUUGUGUCCAGGUUAUCUUUUCAUUCUUGGAUACUGUGCGGAUCUCUUAAAAACCACCCUGAAUGUGAAUAUUUGUGGAGAAUGCUGUUUUCUUUCCCUUUAAUUUCAUUUCUGCUAAAGCACAUACGAGUGAGGCAUUUGGUUCUUUGGGUGAUAUGAAGUGCUUUUACUUGUUUGAUAAAGAGAAAAAUGAAGAACCAAAGACCACAAAAUCUGUUUUUGCCCCCUCUACUUCCACUUCCAUAUCAAUGUCGACUGAUCGUGAUGUGAAAAGAUCUGGGUCAGAUUUCAAUUCCCAGAAUGUCUCAGAUUUUAGCUCAGAAUCCUCUGCAAAGAACUCGUUUGCUGUUUUGUCUCAAAGACAAAGUAAUCUUAGGGUCUUCACAUCCUCAGAACUGAAGACAGCCACAAAGAAUUUUAGCCGCUCUCUCAUGAUUGGAGAAGGUGGAUUUGGUAGUGUCUAUAGGGGAGUAAUUCGGAGCAGUGAAGAUUCAAGUAAGAAAAUAGAUAUUGCUGUUAAACAACUGAGCAGGAGAGGGCUACAGGGUCACAAGGAGUGGGUGACAGAAGUAAAUGUUUUAGGAGUUGUUGAACAUCCAAAUCUUGUCAAAUUAUUGGGCUACUGUGCUGAGGAUGAUGAAAGAGGAAUCCAGCGCCUGUUAGUGUAUGAAUAUAUGCCCAACAGAAGUGUGCAAGAUCGCUUGUCAAGUCGGUUUCAAACACCUCUUCCUUGGGCUGCCAGAGUUAAAAUUGCCCAGGAUGCUGCCCGAGGCUUAGCAUACCUUCAUGAAGGAAUGGAUUUUCAGAUUAUCUUCAGAGAUUUCAAGUCUUCCAACAUACUACUAGAUGAUCAAUGGAAUGCUAAGCUGUCAGAUUUUGGGUUGGCCAGAUUGGGGCCUUCAGAUGGAUUGAGUCAUGUUUCCACUGCGGUUGUUGGAACCAUAGGAUAUGCAGCCCCUGAAUAUAUUCAAACCGGCCGUCUCACAGCUAAAAGUGAUGUAUGGGGAUACGGGAUUUUCCUUUAUGAGCUUAUUACUGGUAGACGUCCAUUAGAUCGCAACCGUCCUAAAGACGAGCAAAAGCUUUUGGAAUGGGUCAAGCCACAUCUUUCUAAUAUAAAGAAGUUCAGGUUGAUUUUGGACCCAAGGCUUGAGGGUAAGUAUAACAUUAAGUCUGCUCAAAAACUUGCUGUUGUUGCAAACCAGUGCUUGGUUCGACAGGCGAAGGCACGCCCCAAGAUGAGUGAAGUUCUCGAAAUGGUCAAUAAAAUUGCUGAUGCAACAGAUUUGGGAAGCCCCCUACUUCCAUUGAAGAGUUUAACUCCAAAAUCUGCUUCUGAAAUAUCUAGACGAGAACAAUAUAAAAGAAAGCUUCUAAAUCUUAUAACGGGAGAGGAAAGAUGCUUGGAUUGGAGAAAUUGGAAACACAAAGCUACCAGAUGAAGGAACAAGGUGAGAGCCUUUGUUUCAAGUAAACUGGCUUAUUUAGUGAGACAUCCUUUUUGUCACAAGUGUAAAUUGCUGUUCUCUGUGUUAUGCAAAACACAAAAUUGUAAAUGUUUUACCAGUAUAAAUGAGUUCAUAGGUAGCUUUACUUCCAAGUUGCACUACCGUCAUAAAGAGAUACAUAUUUUGAGGCAAAUAAAAUAUUUGUUAUCAUAAUUAUUUA